AUGUCUAUUCCAUUGACUUUAAGUACACCUAUUUUAUAUAUUGUUUCAAACUUAGGUUCAAAGUGCUAUUCGAAUGUCGACAGAAACUACUAUGACCAAAAGAUACUCAUGCGUAUAAACAACACUUUCUCUGCUGGUUUGCCUAUUGUUCAUUCGAAUGCAGAGUUUUCAGCUUUAGUGAACUCAAACACUUUAGCAAACAUAAACUUAACCUUAGUUGACGCAAACUUUGUUCCUGUAAAACUUUUAUGUCCUAUGUAUUUGUCAAUGACGGCAGAAAGUUUCGAAUUGGAAGAUGCAACUGGUGAAAGUAUUGUAUUACAAGAACAACUUCAACAACAAAUAGCUCAAGAACAACAAAUGCAACAAAUGGAACAACAAAGUCAAGAAUAA